CCACCCACUUCCGGAAGAAGGACGGCGCGCGGCGAGGGCCAUUCGGAGCCCGCUGCUCCGCGAGUUCACAGAGGGGACGCGGAGGGACGAGUUUAGUGGGCGCUGGGGGUUCUGCCUGCCGCCCCCCGCCCCCCACACCAGGCCAGCCCCGGUGCCCUCUCAGGGCCGCUCGACCCCACAGCCUCGUUGCCGCCGGACGCCGGGGCUGAGCGCGGGUGCGGCCAUGGACUUCUCUAAGUUCCUGGCGGAAGACUUCGACGUGAAGGAGUGGAUCAACGCGGCCUUCAGGACCGGCCCCAAGGAGGCGGCGGCGGGGAAGGCGGACGGCCACGCGGCCACCCUGGUGAUGAAGCUGCAGCUGUUCAUCCAGGAGGUGAACCACGCCGUGGAGGAAACCAGUCACCAGGCUCUUCAGAACAUGCCCAAAGUGCUCCGCGAUGUCGAAGCCCUGAAACAGGAAGCGUCUUUUCUGAAAGAACAGAUGAUUCUUGUCAAGGAGGACAUUAAAAAAUUUGAACAGGAUACAUCUCAGUCAAUGCAGGUAUUGGUAGAAAUCGACCAGGUGAAGUCCAGAAUGCAGCUCGCGGCCGAAUCCCUUCAGGAAGCGGACAAGUGGAGCACCCUGAGUGCCGACAUCGAGGAGACCUUCAAGACUCAGGACGUAGCUGUGAUUUCUGCCAAGCUGACCGGUAUGCAGAACAGCUUAAUGAUGCUUGUUGAUACGCCAGACUACUCAGAAAAAUGUGUGCACCUGGAGGCGCUGAAGAACAGGCUGGAGGCCUUGGCCUCGCCGCAGAUUGUCACGGCCUUCGCCUCCCCGUCUUUAGAUCAGUGCAGAAUGUUUGUGAAGGUGUUUACUGAAAUCGACCGGAUGCCCCAGCUGCUUGCCUACUACUACAAAUGCCACAAGGCGCAGCUCUUAGCGACCUGGCAAGAACUGUGCCAGAGUGACCUCCCGCUGGACCGGCAGCUCACAGGGUUCUAUGAUGCCUUGCUCGGGGCCUGGCACACGCAAAUCCAGUGGGCAACACAGGUUUUCAAGAACCCCCACGAGGUCGUGACUGUGCUGCUGAUUCAGACUCUGGGGGUCUUGCUGCCCACUCUGCCCGACUGCCUCAGCUCCAGCCUGGAAAGGGCAGGGCCUGAGCUGGAGCUUCUCAAGCUGCUGGAGUUCUAUGACGCCACCGCCCACUUUGCCAAGGGAUUGGAGAUGGCGCAGCUCCCCCACCCACAUGAGUACAACCUGGUGAAAGUCACGGAACUGGUGGAGGCUGUGUAUGGUCCAUACAAACCCUACCAGCUGAAGUACGGCGACCUGGAAGAGAAGAACGUCCUCAUCCAGAUCAGCGCGGUGCCCUUGGAACACGGGGAAGUCAUUGACUGCGUGCAGGAGCUGAGCCACUCCGUGAACAAGCUCUUUGGUCUGGCUUCUGCAGCCGUCGACAGAUGCGUCAGAUUCACCAACGGCCUGGGGACCUGCGGCUUGCUGGCAGCACUGAAAUCCCUCUUUGCCAAGUACGUGUCUGAUUUCACCAGUACUCUCCAGUCAAUACGAAAGAAGUGUAAGCUCGAUGAUAUUCCUCCCAACUCACUUUUUCAAGAAGAUUGGACAGCUUUUCAGAAUUCCAUCAGGAUAAUAGCCACCUGUGGUGAGCUCUUGCGGCAAUGUGGGGACUUCGAGCAGCAGCUAGCAAACAGGAUUUUGUCUACAGCUGGCAAGUAUCUCUCUGACUCCUACAGCCCUCGGAGCCUGGCCGGGUUUCAGGAUAGCAUCUUGACAGACAAGAAGAGCUCUGCCAAGAACCCAUGGCAAGAAUAUAAUUACCUCCAGAAGAAUAACCCUGCUGAAUAUGCCAGUUUAAUGGAAAUACUAUAUACCCUCAAGGAAAAAGGGUCCAGUAACCACAACCUGCUGUCUGCGUCUCGCACGGCCCUGACUCGCCUUAACCAGCAGGCCCACCAGCUGGCUUUCGAUUCCGUGUUCCUGCGCAUCAAACAGCAGCUGCUACUCGUUUCCAAGAUGGACAGCUGGAACACAGCAGGCAUUGGCGAGACCCUGACUGACGACCUGCCCACCUUCAGUCUCACGCCUCUGGAGUACAUCAGCAACAUCGGGCAGUACAUCAUGUCCCUCCCCCUGAAUCUUGAGCCUUUUGUGACUCAGGAGGACUCUGCCUUGGAGCUGGCUCUGCACGCUGGGAAGCUGCCCUUUCCUCCUGAGCAAGGGGACGAACCGCCCGAGCUGGACAACAUGGCCGACAACUGGCUGGGCUCCAUCGCCAGAGCCACGAUGCAGACCUACUGCGACGUGAUCCUGCAGAUUCCCGAGCUGACCCCGCACUCCACCAAGCAGCUGGCCACUGACAUCGACUACCUGAUCAACGUGAUGGAUGCCCUUGGCCUGCAGCCGUCCCGUACCCUUCAGAAUAUCGUGACCCUCCUGAAGAUCAAACCGGAGGAUUACAGGCAGUGAAUAUUUGGGUGCCUUCCAUGUGCUGUGCUCCAGGCCCUGGGACACAGGCCAGAAAGGAGGGGGGAGAAUCACCAGAGAAACCAGCGAGGAAGAGGCAUCAGGGUGGAGGGCAGCCCCCAGACCCACAGAUCAGAGCCAUGCCUGGCAGCGAGGGACCGAUGCAGACCAGGCCCUGGGUCACAUCCAAGGUCAGCGGCAUGGAAGUAGGAAAUCAGGUUAGAGGGGAGCUGGGGGUCAGAUCAUGGACCAGCCUGCCGGCCAUGAUGAGGAUUCGAGCUUUUACUUUGUCUCAUUCGAAAACUCAGCGGGUGUUGGGGACUCUCAGGUGUUUUUGCCAGUAGCUUCUCUGUUAAGACGAACAGAAAAAGGUAAUUUGAGUGACUCAAGAAAAUAGCAUCUGAGCUUUCUCAAGAGCAGGAAGUCCUGUGGCGCCAGCUUUGGGCAGUAACUCAGUGGCUGGAGGAGUCAGGACCAGGACCAGCACUUCCUGUGAUUUUGACCUUUUCUCCACGUGCCGGCUCCUUCCCCCGGGCAGGGUGACUCUUGCAGCCGCAGACAUCACACCGCGGUCCAGGGGGAGGGACGAUGGCAGAAGGGACACUGUCGCUUCACCCUGGAGGCAAAGGCCUCCCGAGGGGCCCCCAUGGCUGUCUCCUCGUUUGCUCUGGUGGGUUCUUGGCCACCAGGCAUCCUCCCAGCAGCAAGCAAGGCUGGGAGCGCGGGCAGCAGGACACGUCUAGCUGGGGUUCUCUUGGGCAGGAUGGUCGCGGGGCAUUCAGUGGCAUCCCUGGCCUCUGUCCACCAGACGCCGGUGGCGCUGUCCAGCUGGGACAGCCAGAAAGGUCUCCGGACCGUGCCCAAGGGCCAGACUCCCCUCCAGCAUGGAAAUCCUGACGUGGACCAGGCAGGACUUUUUGCCUAGGCUGGGCGCCCUGAUGCCAUGUGCAGGCCCGGUUUCUGUUAAAACAAGAGAAGGGGGCACCACUGUGUCUGUGGGGUCCUUUGUUGGAAUUCAUGUGUCAGGCGUUCCUGCUGCAGCAAAGGCUUGUUUCUCUCUGGGAUGCCUCAGUGGCCCCGGGGAUUAUUCCCAUCUUACACACAAAGGCAUUAAGGUGUGGGCGGGUUAGGGGCUUGCCUGGUGCCCGCGGCGCCUGUGCUCCUCACCAUGGGACGGACGCAAGGCGAGCACAGGACACCUAUCCUGGCCAGGACAGUCAGCUUGUGCUGGCCCUCCGAAGUGGCACCACUGUGCGCACAGCCUCUCGGAAACUGGCCCUCACAGGCUGCCCGGGCCAGUGCCAUGCUGUUCCUAUCAUCUAGGGUUUCCCCACGUUCUGUCCACAUACACUGGCCCUGAAAGAACCCGCACCAAGAAAAAUACUGUGUUUUCUCAUGUGGUGGAUCAUGGGCUGUCCCUGGCAGGGAUCGAGCCUGGGUCCUGCCUUGAAGAAGUGAGAGCUGGAAACCUGGAAGGCAGAAUGUACUAUGCAAAGUGGAAACCUCUUUGGGGUGACCUUUGUGCCAGUGUCCAGGAGACCUGUUUGAUUCUUGGCUUCACCACCUCCCGACUGUGUGAUCUUAGGGAAGUAGCUUCCCCUCUCUGAGCCUCAUUUCCUCUUGUGAAAGAUGGGAGCCACAGUAGUACCUAAUCAGGGUUAUUUGAAGAACUGGUGAGGUCCGGCAGGGGUAAGGCAUGUAACAAGUGCCCCUUCCCACUCCUGCUUCACAGUGUCUCUGAACAGAACCUCUCACAGCUCAGGAUGAAUGUGUGUCCCGGGCUGAUUCAGUGACCUCCAUUCUUGGGGCUUUUGCUGGAACACUGUGAAGAAGAAGGUUUCUUCCCACCAUGUAUAGUUGCUGAGCUGAGGGAACGGAGCCUGAACUGUGCGGGGAGGAGCAGCACGUGGAGAGAACCUGUUUGCGAGGGACAUCAACAUGGACCUGAGUCAGCCCGGAGCUGGGGAAAGCACCAGAUCUAGGUGAACCCCAGGAACAGUCGUACUUGAAAUCACUGGACUUUUAUUACAAGAACUAAUGGACUUCCUCUUUUAGCUUAAGUCAGCUCGAAUUAGUGUGACCCAAGAGCUGGCAAAAGGAGCUCAAUAAUAACCACUGCUCUGCCUGCCCCACAGCUUCAGAUGAGACGGAAAAUAGGAAAGCUCUGGACUCCUAGAAGGGUAUUGUGACUGCUGGCAGCGAGGGGAUGAGGCUGGAGUUUCACCUUCGUCACCUAGUGGGGAAGUGUCUGGGGCACCUGACUUCACCUGAGUCUCAAUGUGCUUACCCUUAAGAUGAGAUGAUAAUGCUUCUCAGUCAUUCUGAGAAUUAAUUGAAAAAAGAGGUACAAAGUACUUGGCCUAGUGCUUGGCAUGUGGUGUUUGAUACAGUGUAGCCAUUGUCUGAUAACCACAACAAAUAAUCAUUGUGUGGUGACAACUAUCCCUAGUAAUAAAAGUAGUAGUCGUGGGAGUUAGCGUGGCAGCCACCGAGAACUGGACCCCAGCCUGCAGACUCGCCUGGCCCCGAGCUGGGAAACCCUGUUCCCCCAGGCCCUCCCCACACAAUGCUUCCCAGCGCUGUCUUUGGCUGGAGUGGCACCAAGUCUGGGGCACCGCCUUCCUCCACAGGUGCCACUGUGGGUACUUCAUGGGAGGUCGGCUUGUUUGCCUUCCCAGCCAAGGACCCAGGUGUUCCCCAGCAGCAGGGCGGGGCCCUCAGAGGUCCAGGCUCUACAGCCAGCGCUGCUUUGUGACCGGGGCUGGCAGGUGGUCCGCUCUCCGCACCUGACCAGCCCCAUGCUUCUUUGGUAACAGCUCUCUGGUCUCUCUUUGGAGAGCCAUCAGGGUUCCCAUGCUUAACAAUUAAAAAUACAGGACACGCAGUUAAAUUUGAGUUUCAGAAAAACAACAAAUGAUUUUAUUAGUAUAAUAUGUCCCAAAUAUCUUUUUAAAAUUUUUAAAAUAUGUUUAUUCAUUUAGAGAGCGAGCGUACACACAGGGGCAGAGGAGGAAGCAGAGAGAAUCUGAAGCAGACUCCACACUGAGGCAGAGCCCCAUAAAGGACUCGAUCUCACAACCCUGAGAUCAUGACCUGAGCCGAAAUCAAAAGUCAGCCGCUUAACCUGCUGGGUCACCUAGGUGCCCCUGUCCCAAAUACUACUUGCAUAUACUCACACUAAAAAAGUCAAUUCAUAGUCUAUCUGAAAUUCCUAUUUAACUUGGGGGCCUGUAUUUUAUCCGGCAGUCUUUGGCCUGGUGUCCCCACCACCUGAUUCUGCUGGGGGCCGCCUGGCCUCAGGUGUGGGCAGGGUCUGGCCCAUCCAAGCAGCCGG